UUUUUCAUUAACCAAAGAGAAGUACACCUAACAKCCAGCCAGGAUAUCAAGAGGCUUCWUCAGCUCCUCCACCUCCAGGUUUCAGACCAGAAUAUACUACCCAAGAUCAAAGCCAAUUUCAAGGGAGCUCUGCACCAGGAGACAGCUCAAGUAAUUAUGGUGGAUUUUGGACAGGCAUGGGAUUGGGAAGCAUAGCAGGAUACCUCUUUGGAAACAGAGGUUAUGGUAAUACAGGCUACCACCAUCACCACAGCAACCCAUACUAUCACCAUAACAACAGUUGGUUUGGUGGAGGAAAUAGCUGGUUUGGUGGAAACUAUGGCAACCAUGACAACAGUGGUUGGUUUGGCAAUAGUCAUGGUAACACUGGUUGGUUUGGCAGUAACCGUGGUAAUGGUGGCUGGUUUGGUAGUGGAAGUGGUUCUUCAUCUAGUUGGUCAAGUACCUACAGAAGGUCUGGUUCUUCAAGUUCUGGAUCAAGUUCUGGAUCAAGUUCUGGAUCAAGAACAGCUUCAGGUAUAAAGAAUGCAUAA